GCUAGCAAGCUUGUCAGAAACUUGGGCGUCCUUUGAAAAACUACUGCGAAGAUGGUUGUGAAAGCUGUCUGUGUGUUGAAAGGAGCUGGAGACGCCAGCGGGACGGUUUAUUUUGAGCAGGAGAGUGACUCAGCGGCUGUGAAGCUGACCGGUGAAAUCAAAGGCCUCACUCCUGGACUGCAUGGUUUCCAUGUCCAUGCUUUUGGAGACAAUACAAAUGGGUGCGUCAGUGCAGGCCCUCACUUCAAUCCCCACGGAGCGGAUCAUGCAGGUCCUAAUGAUGAAAAGAGGCAUGUUGGAGACUUGGGGAAUGUGACUGCUAAAGAAGAUAAAAUUGCCACGAUAGACAUCACAGACAAGAUAAUCACCCUCACUGGCCAGCACUCAAUCAUUGGCAGAACCAUGGUGAUCCAUGAGAAGGCCGACGACCUGGGAAAAGGCGGCAACGACGAGAGUCUAAAGACGGGCAAUGCUGGUGCACGUCUGGCGUGUGGUGUCAUUGGCAUCGCCCAGUAAACACCUAGCACUGGAAACUACUCUUACCCACAGCACCUACUGACCAACAUAGCUACUUAAUGUGACAGUUUGUCCUUUUUGUUGACUAGUCAAGAGAGUAGAUGAGCUGUGCAAUACCCUGUUUGUUCCUCAUGACAAUUGUAUGUAUUGUGUGUCAGCUGAUUUGUUUCGGUCCCAUAUAAUUGGUAUCGCACAAGUAAUAAAAAUAUCUAAACAAUUAAAGUUGUCAGUUCAUCAGCA